UGUGAUUGUGAAUUGGUGUGUUCAUCUGUACGUACCAAAAAACGGCGUGUUUCUCGAGUUUUAAAAAAUAUUUUUAAAUAAUUUUUUGUAUUCUUUGUAAUUAUUAAUUAAAAACCAUGGAUGACGAAGCUGAGACAUACAAGUUAUGGCGUAUUCGUAAAACUGUAAUGCAACUUUGUCACGAUCGAGGUUAUCUUGUAACUCAAGAUGAAUUGGAUCAAACGCUUGAACAAUUUAAGGAUCAGUUUGGUGAUAAACCAAGUGAAAAACGACCACAAAGAAGUGACUUAAUCGUAUUGGUUGCCCAUAACGAUGAUCCAACAGAUCAAAUGUUCGUAUUCUUUCCGGAUGAACCGAAAAUUGGUAUUAAAACGAUAAAAACGUACUGUCAAAGAAUGCAAGAUGAAAAUAUUCAUCGUGCUAUUAUCGUUGUACAAACAGGCAUGACACCAUCAGCUAAACAAUCGUUAGUGGAUAUGGCACCAAAAUAUAUUUUAGAACAGUUUUUAGAAUCCGAGUUACUUAUCAAUAUUACAGAACAUGAAUUGGUUCCUGAACAUGUGGUUAUGACACCAGAAGAGAAGCAAGAACUUUUAGCUAGAUACAAACUAAAAGAGAACAUGUUGAUGAGAAUUCAAGCGGGUGAUCCUGUUGCUCGAUAUUUUGGACUGAAAAGAGGACAAGUAGUAAAAAUCAUUCGACCAUCUGAAACUGCUGGACGUUAUAUUUCUUAUAGAUUAGUGUGUUAAUUUUAGAAUAUUUUGUAUGUCUAAUAAAAUUAAAAUUUAAGUCUC